AUGGUCUGGCGCUCGGUGAAGCGGUACUGCGUCCGUGUGGAUGCACGCUAUCCAUAUGUGGGCAAGCGCGCCUUCUCAAAUAGUAAGGCCUUGUCGCCCCCCUUUUUGACGCCGUUUCCGUCGCGACCGCCUCUACAACCCAUUCCGGUCAGACUCGACGCGGACGAGGAAAUCGAGGAAGCGCAACGCGAGGAAGAUGCCGACUUCCGCUGGCCCUCACAGCCUUGGGUGGCUCUACGGGUUGAGAAAGGCUUCUUCCCCGACAAAUAUGCGCUCCAAUACAAGGACGCCGUGGCGGGAGGAGAAGAGAGGGGCAAAGAGCACUUUGAAGGCUGGCAGGAGCCGCUGCUGGUGGAGCGUUUUGCCAAAGAUAAGCGCAAUAGCGAGCAGUGGGAAAUUCUACGUGUGGCUUUGCCAACAGGCGCACCAGCCGUGGUGGUGCUUCGCAUGAUGACGCUGACGCCGAAGACAACGGGACCACUGCAAUGGAGCGUCGCCAGCGCCCCAGUGGCCAGUGCUGUGGCGCCCCCUCGGGUGGCCGAGGUGCAGGGAAGAACGAUGACACUGCUACCAACUCUGGGUGGCCUUCGCCUGUCCAUGCGCUUCUUUCUGCAGCCUGGGGAGGUCUUGAAGGAGGGGCACCUGCAGAUGACGCAGCGAGUUGGCACGGUCACUGAGUCGGUUGGACAUCGCUAUGUCACGCAGUACCAGCUGCGAGUUCGAAUGAAAGGUGAAACUCAUAAGGAGCUGCCAGCUGGCGUCAAGGGUCCUCGCAGAUACCUGGAACUUCCGGCCACGCAACUCCCCUCGCCUCACAAUGCUGUAGAGGUCAACCGGGAAGUUCUUGGUGAGCCAGAGACGUCCGAGGAGGUCGAGGUGGCUGGCUUGCUGGGAUACUUUGGAACAAGGUAUGAACUGCAGGCAGAAUUGAGUGACACUUUGUGGGAGCUACUGAUGGGGCAUGACUUCCUGGAGGCAUCCUUACGAGUCGGCACAGAGCAUCGUUGGUCAGCCUGGACGCGUUGGUCCAGGGCGGAAGGCCUAACAGUGCCACUACCAGCAUCCUUGGCUCGCACGGCGAGUGCGGAAGCUCUUGGACCGACCGCGGUGAAAGUCAGUUGGCCUCCCUUCGAUCGAGUGCCGGGCAUCAACAGCCUCGAGUACGUCAUUCGCGCUGAGCCUUUGUUGGCUGAAGAUGGCAGCAGUGGGCAGAGUUUGGCAGAGACAGUGAUUUGCUUCAAGCACGAGCCACGCAAGCAGGAUGGACAAAUCAUCAGCACGCCCCAGUUUCAGCGCCUGCUGGACGUGAAAGAAAUGUCCACCCUGAAGCGUUUGGCAAGCUGUUUCGAGGACAUCCGGCAGCGCGAGGGCCAGGAAGAACAAGAGACGAAGUUGCAGAUCGAGAUGUCGGGUCUUCUGCCAUGGACCAGCUAUCGUAUCACAGUGGCAGCGCGCUACCCAGCAGGAGCAGGCUUCUAUCCCCGCAGCACUAUGGAGGCGAAAUCUGCGGAGGGCAUCGGCUUGAUGGUAGGGAACAGUUUGACCACUCAGGUCGAAACGCCCGGAGGGCCAAAUACACCUUCAGCUCCGAGACAGGUCGGCUGGCAGGAUUUCCGACACGACCUCACUGAGGAUGAGAUGUUUCGGGAGGAUCAGCGGGCUGUCCUGCUGAACAUCGAGGACCGCAAGGACUACGUCUUGGAAUGCCGCGCUUGUGCUCCCACUUGGGCGCACUAUGAUCCAGAGGUGGGUCCGGCCUUGAGGGACUUCCAAGGUAGCUGGCCCAGGAAGCUGCAGGAGGAGGGGGCUUGGAAGCGCGUUCCGGUGGUGAGGCAAUUAGGAAGAGGUCUUGGGGAGUCCUACACGGCCAAGGGCAUUGCUUUCACGGCGCCCGAAGAGGCGUGCGCGGCCGACUUCGUUGAAGCACUGGUCCUUCAGCCUUUUCGCGGCAGGAGUAAAUUGGUUCUCAUGGAUGACAUUGGUGGCCUCGGUUGGUAUGCCAUCUCUCCGUACGCUGACAGCUGCGCAAGCUGCGCCUUCGGAUCCGUCGGCGUCGUGUUUGCGCGGCCACGGAUCCAGGACAUUGGUUAUAUCACAGACAUCGAGGGUGACCUCGAGACGUUCAAUCGAUAUGUCGACAGCGAUGCGUCAGUUCUGAGAAGAGAAAAUGGUGUGCUGAAAUUGAAGGACCCUGCCUCUGCCUUCGUCUUCGGCGGCGAUCUCUUCGAUAGAGGCUCUGGGGACCUACGACUGGCAGAGGAGUUGAUUCAGCUCAAGAGGACGUAUCCUUGUCGCGUGUUUUUGAUCAUGGGCAACAGGGACAUCAACAAGAUGCGUCUGGCUGCAGAGCUUUCAGACAGCGCCAUGAGACAAAGCUCUGAUGAAGCGUUUCAGGCUUGGUGGGAUCCCAAAGCACCAGCCUUGACCAAAUACUUGUCCUCCAAAGGCUUGAGCGACAGCAAAGUAAACCGCCUCAAGUGGAUCCUGCGACACACCAUGGGUGCCCCUGCUGCCUUCGAACAUCGACGCCAGGAACUGGCCGAGAUGUCUGCGAAACGCAGCGCUGAGGUGAACGACAACGAGGUGCUCCAGAGCUUUCUGGAGUCGGUGAAAUCAGGUGGAGCGGUAGCGCGCUAUCUUCAACAUGCACAAAUCGGGGUCAUCCUCGAAGACACCCUCUUUGUCCAUGGUGCAGUGGAAGAGAGCGCGCUGGGCUUUGUUCCCAGUCGAUUGACCAGGUAUACCAACAAUACCCGGGAAGGACUUCGAUCUCUUCCAGGUGCCUCAAGCUACGACGACUUGCAUGGAUGGAUUGCUGCCUUGAACCACUUUGCCAAAGAUGAGGUGGAAGCCUGGCUACAACGUCCCGACUGGAGCCAAGGGGUUCCACGCUCCCGUGGUGGGGAGGCUCUCAUGGCAUACCAAAGCCGUGCUGCGAGUUGUCUCUUAACGGUGGUCGUCAGCUGCUACGUUGAUGGCAAGAACAUGCCAACGCGGCAAGCCAUUGACCAGGACAAGGAGGAAGGAUUUUCGAAAUGCUCAGAUCCGCUUAGCCAGAAAGUUGUGGAAUAUUUGCAUCGCGGCAACGUGCGUCGCGUGGUGGUGGGGCACAAGCCCAGUGGUGAAGCACCUGCGAUCCUGCGCACAUCUGGAGUGGAUGGCAAGGGAUACGAGGUCAUCUCUGCUGAUACCAACUACGCCAGUAGCAAGGACGAACAGAUGCGAGGGGAGAGUUGGUGCGAAGUUUGCAUCUCUCAAGACUUGGGACACAGCCAGACACGUCUCAGGGGUCAACGGCCAGAUGGAUUGGGCGACUACGACUUCAAGUUGCGGGCCUUAGGGAACGACCCUACAGGUGAUGAUGGGGACCCAUUGGUGGGACAUCAAGCCCGGUACGGGAAGCAAUGGGUCUGGGUUCGGUUGAAGCUGAAGACUGGAGACUAUCUUCUGUCCCGUGGCUAUGGGCGGACAGCGGAGUAUUGGGCCAAAAAGGCCAGUGACUUUCAGGACUUCCCUAAGAACUUAGGAAGGCACUUCCGCUUCGAUUCGAAAAGGGUGCAGCUGCCGGGAGUCAUCGUCUCCGCUGAGCUUUCGGACCUGAAGCCUGGCAAGGGGAAGCUGCCGGACGUGGUGAGAUUUCGGCUUUGCGCUCGAGACCGUUCCAAAGCUCAUCCAUGCUGCUGGGCAGGUGGUAUCUCUGAGCCGGUGCCUUUGACCUUCGCACCUCCCAGGAGGCCACCGCGCAUCCAACGGAUCCUCUCAGACGAUCGAUGGAAUCUGAGCUUUUCCAUCGAGCUCUUUAAGGCCAACCCUCCGCCAAGUCCCAUUCACUACCUGGGCACGGACACCCAGACACUGUGCUGGUAG